GCCUCGUCAUUAGCAUACGGGGAGGUAUAAAGGGCCGGGCGCCGGGGCCCUUCCUUCUCACCUCCUCACUGCACGGCGGAGCUGAGUUAGGUCAGGGACCCCUCGGGAUCACAAUUUCCAGAGACGAAAAUGGUGAAAAUCGGAGUUAACGGAUUUGGCCGCAUUGGCCGUUUGGUCAGCAGAGCUGCAAUUAACUCUGGAAAAGUUGAGGUUGUGGCCAUCAACGACCCUUUCAUUGAUCUGAACUACAUGGUCUACAUGUUCAAGUAUGACUCCACUCAUGGCCGUUUCCGUGGUGAUGUGAAGGCCGAAAAUGGGAAACUUGUGAUCAAUGGACAUGCCAUCACUGUCUUCCAGGAGCGUGACCCUGCCAACAUAAAGUGGGGCGAUGCUGGUGCACAAUACGUUGUUGAAUCCACUGGUGUUUUCACCACCAUAGAAAAGGCCGGUGCUCACUUGAAGGGCGGUGCCAAGCGUGUUGUAAUCUCUGCCCCAUCAGCGGAUGCUCCCAUGUUUGUGAUGGGUGUCAAUCAUGAGAAGUAUGACAACUCUCUGAAAAUCGUCAGCAAUGCUUCUUGCACCACCAACUGCCUGGCACCCCUGGCCAAGGUCAUCAAUGACAACUACGGCAUUGUGGAAGGCCUUAUGACCACAGUCCAUGCCAUUACAGCCACACAGAAGACUGUGGAUGGUCCCUCUGGGAAACUGUGGCGAGAUGGCAGAGGAGCUGCUCAGAACAUCAUCCCAGCUUCCACAGGUGCAGCAAAGGCUGUUGGCAAGGUCAUCCCUGAGCUGAAUGGAAAACUCACAGGGAUGGCUUUCCGCGUCCCAACUCCCAAUGUUUCUGUCGUGGACUUAACAUGCCGCUUGGAGAAACCAGCCAAGUAUGAUGACAUUAAGAAGGUUGUGAAGGCAGCCUCCGAAGGCCCUAUGAAGGGUGUCCUGGGAUACACCGAGGACCAGGUUGUCUCCUGUGACUUCAAUGGUGAUACCCACUCCUCCAUCUUUGAUGCUGCUGCUGGCAUUGCUCUCAACGACCACUUUGUGAAGCUGGUCUCCUGGUACGACAAUGAAUAUGGAUACAGCAACCGCGUGGUAGACUUGUUGGUUCACAUGGCAUCAAAGGAGUAAAGGCAGAGUUCCAUUUCUUAAUUUUCUUACAACUCGGCUCUGUAUCUUGCAGUAAGAGGCCUUCUCUUGUUCCACCUGCCUCUGAGGAAGUGGAGAGGCUGGAAGAAACUUGACUGUUUCCGUAACAUCUCCCCUCUCAAUAAAGUCAUCACUGUCUCAAA